AUGCAACCCAACACCAAAGCAGGCAUUGUAGCAUGGCAUGCCCAACUCAGGGAAUGGAAGACAAAUAAUGGUGAAACUGCCAAGGUUACAGUAAACACCGGGUUUCCAGUACAACCUGGGGGUGCAGCCCCUGGUUCAGGAGAGUGCUACAGAUGUGGAAGGGGAGGACAUUGCAGCAACUGCAAGCCAGCGAAAAACCAAUCUGCACAAAGAAUUGAUCUUGUAAUUCAUGAUGUGGAGAGUUUUUAUACAUACUUUUCCAAAGGAUUGUUGGGAUCGUACAGCCCAUUGUUUAAUCCAUAG